ACUAAUCGAUUAUCGUCGUAUCCGAAAAAAGGAAAGAGCGCUUUCGUUAUAAAAAUUAGCGCGAUAACGGAUUCUCGAUACUCCGAAGCAUAUGUUUUUUCACGAAGAAUGUCGAACGUUUAGCGAAAAAGGAAAGGUAAAAAGGGCAAGAAAGGAAAGAAAGAAUCGAGAAUAAUCGACGAGUAUCAACUCCGUCGCGAUUUAAGAGGGAAAGCGAUGGAUGAUAUGGACGAAGAAAUUGGAGAAAAACUACCCAAAGAAGGAGCCGAGGAAGUUUCUCCAGAAAUUAAAAUCGGUGGUAUAGAGGGAGGAGGUACGUAUUCGACGCUUGUAAUACUCAAUCGCAAAGGAGAAAAAUUGAUAGAAGUUAAGGGCCCCGGCACCAAUCAUUGGGUUCUGGGGAUGGAGGAAACGGCCGCUAGGAUUAACUCGAUGAUCGAACAUAGCAAAGAAUUGUUAAACAUACCCAAAACGAUUCCCUUGGACUGCGUGGGUCUGAGCUUGAGCGGUUGCGAGGAAGAGACUACCAAUAAUCUUCUAACUAGUACGCUUCUAAACGAAUAUCCAGAUGCUGCUAAAGAUUAUUUCGUUAGUUCCGACACGCUGGGUAGUCUCAGAACUGGUUUGGAAAACGGUGGGAUCGUACUGAUCGCUGGAACGGGAAGCAAUGCUCUACUGAUCAAUCCGGAUGGGAAAACUCACGGAUGCGGUGGAUGGGGUUAUAUGAUGGGAGACGAAGGCAGCGCAUAUUGGAUCGCGCACCGAGCCUGCAAAUACGUUUUCGACGACAUUGACGACCUAGCGAAAUCUCCUCAUCCCAUUUCUUAUAUCUGGCCGGCGAUGAGAGACUUUUUCCAAGUGAAAGACAGAACAGACAUGUUACCGUAUUUGUAUUCGAAUUUCGACAAGAGUAAAUUCUCUAUGUUCGCUAAAGAAAUCGCGUUGGGUUGCGAGAAAAAUGAUCCUCUUUGCCUUGCCAUCUUCGAAGAGAACGGUCGACUUCUCGCUCGGCACAUUGUGGCGCUUUUCAAGAAAGCUCAUAACGAUCUUAAACUAUGUUAUGGCGGUCUUCAAGUGAUAUGCGUCGGAUCCGUUUGGAAAUCGUGGAAAUUCAUGAUGGAGGGUUUCAUGGACGAGAUUCACAGUGGAUUGGUCAUCGAUGAACUUAGUCUUCUCAAUUUAACGGCCACGUCCGCUUUGGGAUCGGCCUAUCUAGCUGCUGAAAAAAUUAAUUGCCCUUUCGUUAAGCCUUACAAAGAAAACGUGCAAGUCUUUUUCCAUUAUAAGCGCGAUAAUUAUGGUAAAAUUGAAAAUGAACGACAAAGUCAAAUAACACAAUGCGUAAGAAACGAUAGAAAUGAAAAUAUUGAACUACUUAAAAAUGUUUGUUAGAUUAGGAUAUUUAAUAUUUCUCUUCGAGAUAAUUGAAGAUUACAUCGAUACGAACUAAUGAUACCUAUCGAACGGCUUCUGAAAGAGUGCGAUAUUUCUAAAGUUCUAACGAUCAUGCAAAAUGAAUAAUGUAACUGUCAUACAAAAUGAAUAAAACAUUUUAAUACGAA